GGAAGAAAGAAAAAGGCAAAGCAAUAAAAAAAAAAAGAAAUGAAAGAGAGAAAAAACAAAGCUUCUCAAAACCUCCAUGAUUCAAAUUCUCUCAAGGAAUAGGACUUGAGGGUGUCUUCUCUCUUCCCUCUACUUAAACCAGAGUAGGAAUACCUCUCAAAAUUUCUACAAAGACUUGUUUGGGAGCUAGCUUCAAGGAGAAAAAAAAGAAGGGGAAAGAGAAAGUGAAAGUGAAACGAAAACAAGGAGGAAAAAACAAAGUUUUAAGUGUUCGCUACCAUCAUCAUCAAAUUAGUUUUUGGAAGGGAAGGCCAUGAACCGAGGAGUGUUGCAGAGCUCACCAGUGCAGCAGAUGAUGGCCGGAAACCCUAACUGGUGGAGCAUCAACAGCAUGCGUCCACCAACUCAUCAACAAGCACCGUCUCCUUUCUUGCCUUCUCCUCCUACUACUUUCUUCCCUCAAUUCAUACCCACUUCUUCUUCUUCCUCCUCUUCUUUACUUUCUAUUCCUUCUUGGCAUGAUAACCAGGAUCAGCUUCCUGAGUCACUGAGUCAACUACUAUUGGGAGGAUUGAUGGGAGAAGAAGAAAAGGGUGGUAUAGGCCAGUUUCAAGUUCAACCCAAGAAGUGGGAGAACUGGGAGGAACAAGCAUUACAACAAGCCUCAAAUGUUAAUUCUAUUGUGGAUGUGAAGCAAGAAGACUCUACAAGCAGCUAUGUGUAUGGACAUGCAAAUGAAGAUUUUCAUCAGGCAACUAAACCAGCUUGGUCUCAUCAAAUAAUGGCUCCAGCUUCAUCCCCCAAGUCCUGUGUAACAAGUUUCAGCAGUAACAUGUUGGAUUUUUCGGGAAACAAAUCUGAUUUAAGGCAGCCACCCCCAGAUCGGUCUUCUGAGUGUAACAGCACUGCCACUGGUGGGGCAUUUAAGAAAGCUAGGGUUCAACCUUCUGCAGCCCACUCUACCUUCAAGGUGAGGAAGGAAAAAUUAGGAGACAGAAUUACAGCACUUCACCAACUUGUUUCUCCAUUCGGGAAGACUGACACAGCCUCUGUCUUGUUAGAGGCUAUUGGGUACAUCAGAUUCCUUCAGAGUCAAAUUGAGGCUCUCAGCUUACCGUACUUGGGCCGUGGAUCAGGAAACAUGAGGCAGCAACAGUCUGUUCAAGGGGAGAGAAAUUGUAUAUUUCCUGAAGACCCUGGUCAGCUGUUGAAUGAAAAUUCCUUGAAGAGGAAAAGUGGCCCUGAUCAGCAGGAUUGUCAUGAAGAACCAAAGAAGGACCUCAGGAGUAGAGGGCUAUGCUUGGUUCCAGUGUCGUGCACACUUCAAGUUGGGAGUGACAAUGGAGCUGAUUACUGGGCUCCUGCUCUGGGCGGUGGAUUCCGAUAAAAAGGUUAUUAGAUCUGUUGGAAAGGGUAGCUGUAGCACACUUAAAAAGAUUAAAAAAGUAGUAGAAGAUCAGAAGCAGCUUCACCAAAACGAUAUAACAUCAUGAGCAGUCACUCUGCUAAAAAGUUCAAAGGCUGAUUGCUCAUGAUGCUAUACAAAUAUUCUUUCUUUGGACUAUUUCUAGCUGAUGUGUGCUAAGCUGUAGCUGGCCUGGUGAUUUGGAAGAACUACCUCGAUAUCUCUAAUUUACUACUAAGAUUUAAGCUUAAUGAUCUCUAUUUUUCUUUCUUUCAUUACGUUAUUAGCUGCUUGCUACACUAUUUGCUUAAUUUUAUGCAUAUCCAGUCGUAAUUAAUCAGUUUGAUGAUGCAUUGACUGAGAUUGGCAGCAUUCUUGAAUCACCCAAUAUCUUGAGCAAUAUUACAGUAUCUAC